GUCAAAACUCGGUUUUGAAACUUUAAGUUUAAGACUCUGGAAGUCAAAAGUAUAGUUUCUUCUUCUAGGAAAUUAGGACACUUUUUGUCUUUUUACUUAUUGGUGUGACUAAGAAAUAUUUGAAGUGUCAUAUAUGUAAAUGUAAAUUUAAUAUUUGAAAGAAUAACCCAUGUCCAAAUAUUCCUAUAUAUAAUAUAUAUAUUUAUUUUUCUUUAUAAAUUCAUUAUACUCACAAUGAAAAUGGUGAAAAUGUUUGAAGCUUAGUUUUACUGUCAAAGUGGAAAGCAAAAUGGGAAAUAAAAAAUUCGACUUAUUAUAUUCAUGUCUUUUGAAAACACUUCCAUUUAUUGUGUUUACAGCUAUAAUACUUAUUCCCAUUGGGAUAACGUUUUUGUGUAUAUCUCACAAGGUUAACAUUAAGGAACAAAUUGUAGAUUAUACAGAUUGUAAAGCAUUUGAAUUUGAUAGUGAUGGAAGUUUAACAUGUGCAGAAAAAAAUGUACCUUGUGUAUGUUUCCAUAAUAUCAACAUCACUGAUUCUUUAGAGGGAGAUGUCACUGUAUACUAUGAAUUGGAGUCAUUUGACCAAUUGCGAAGUGAUUAUGUUAAUUCAAGAGAUGAUAAUCAAUUAAUGGGUGUUGCUGUGCCGAUACCGUCUGAAAAUUGUGAGCCUUAUAGAUUUGUUCAUACUACAAAAGAAAAGAUAUCUAUAUCUCCAUGUGGUGCUAUAGCUGAUGCAAUGUUUAAUGACACAUAUGAACUAAGAAAUACUUAUAGUAAUAUAAUUACACCAUUUCGCAAAUUCGGAAUACUAACAGAAGAUGAUAAGGUUGGAUACCAUAAUCCGGAAAACUGGGAAGAUUUUAAGAAUUUCUCCAAACCUAUAAAUUGGGAUAAAAAUAUUUGGGAGUUAGACACUUCGAAUUCGGAAAAUAAUGGAUUUCAGAACGAACGAUUCAUAGGUUGGAUGAAAACCGAAUGGAAACGCAAGCCGUAUGCGCGUAUCGACAAAGCUCAGACUCAAUUUGAAAAUGGUCUUCAAGCUGGAGAAUAUGAGUUACGCGUCGGUUAUAAUUAUCCAUCAAGUCGAUAUAGUGGUAGACGGAAAUUUAUUAUUUCCGCUAAUUCAACGACGACGUACACAAGUCUCAACGCAAUUGGAAUAAUUUCACUAGUCAUAGGCCUGAUACUUCUCGUUAUAGCGUCAGUUGCAUUUAUCAUUCAUAAGCGUAUUAAAGGAAACGAAGCCGAUAACAAUGGUGACGUAGAUGCUGUGAAUGAAAACUUAACUAGCAAUCAUCAGCCGCAUAUACCAGAAGAUAACCUCUAUCGUCCUUAAGUGUGCCUUUAUAUGGUACAGAUAUAGGGAGCAAUUUGAAAUGUGGACCACACUUUGGACAAACUUGGACAAAGAUAAGAAAGUAAAAAGAUUUUUAAAUCACUAACUACCCGUCCGGGUUUCGGACGGCUCGAAUAAUGGUCUACAUAAAACGCUUAUAUGGAAGAGAUAUUACAAAAGAUAUAAUACAAAAGACUUGUUUUUUGGGUGAGGGCCUUCGCUGUGCGAGCUUAGAACACCUGACAAGUUUUAUUUUUCGAAAUAUACUUUAUUAAAUUGUCAAAAAACCGGCAAAAAAACGCUAAAGUUACUUUUAAGUCAAUCAAAUUUAUGUAUAUAACUUAAAUGUAUUUGAUAAAAAUGAUUUAUGUAUAACAUGACCCGCCUGAAAGUCUUACUGCACGCUUUUUUAUAAUCUUUAAUUGAGUAAUAUGCGCCUUAUUUACCAAUGUUUUUUUAACAAACGAUUUACAUGGAAUGUGCAAAGUUAAUCAUAAUAAAUGGACGCAUUGAGAACAUACAUACAGACAUUGAGCCUAAUUCCCUGAAUCUUUGUCCAAUCCAAAUUUAUUUUUCCAUCGGUUCCGCAAUUUAUGUUUUUAUUUACCUACUAACUACUACAGGUGCUACCCCGAGUUAUAUUACGUAGAAAUAUGUAAUAUAUCGUCAGACAGAAUAUCGCAUUUAUAAUACUAGUCGGAUGAUACGCCAAAUAUGAUUGUUACAACUGCUUUUAUUAAAAUACACAAUAUGAAAUCGU